UUUGACAUGGGGAAACUGAGGUUUUUUCUUGGGAAUUAUCAAUUCUUUUCGUUGCUCUUGUUUUACUUAUAUUCUCAGGCUUUCAUAUCAUCCUCUUUCACUAAUUCUUUAAUCGAAAGGCCAACAUGUUCUCACAAUGAGAGUCAGGCUUUGCUUCAAUUCAAGCAGACCCUCUUUUUUGAUUGCAAUGCUUCAUUUCUUUGCAAUCCAAAUUAUGGCAUUGCAGCUUUUCUCAAGACAGAUUCAUGGAAGGAAGAUACAGAUUGUUGCUCAUGGGAAGGAGUCACUUGCGACAGCGAUACUGGUCGUGUAAUUGGCCUAGAUCUUAGUUGCAGUUGGCUUUGUGGUACCAUUCCUUCCAACAGCAGUCUUUUCUUCCUUCAACACUUGAAGAGGCUCAAUCUUGCAUUUAACAAUUUUAGGCAAUCCAACAUUUCAGCCAAGUUUGGUCAGUUUCCAAAUUUAACACAUCUGAACCUCUCUAAUUCAUUUUCUUCAGGCCAAGUUCCAUCUGAAAUCUCACAUCUUUCCAAGCUAGUUUCACUUGAUCUGUCUAGGUUCAGUCUACCUUUUCCCAGUGACCAAGAACCGUUUAAUGAACUGAAGCUUGAAACAACAACUCUGAAAAGGUUAGCUCUGAACUUUAGCCGGGUAAAAGAACUUUUCCUUGAUGGAAUAGACAUGUGUUCAGUUGACCAUGGUUACUUAAUGAAUCUUUCUUCCUCUUUGACUUCUCUUAGUCUAGUUGAUUGUGGACUAAAUGGGACAAUUUCGGACAGAAUUUUUCGGUUUCCAAAUCUUAAGUUGCUCAAAUUAGGUAAGAACCCUGAACUAGUGGUUUAUCUCCCAAAGUCCAAUGGGACUAGUACCCUUGAAAUCUUAGAUCUGAAACAGACUGUUCUCGUCGGAGACUUGUCUGGUUCAAUCAGAGGUUUGAAGUCAUUGAAAUCUUUAAAUCUUGCUAGUUGCGACUUGAAUGGAUCAAUUCCUACAUCACUAGCAAACCUUUCACAACUUGUUGUCCUAGAGCUUCCGGAUAAUAAUUUUAGUGGAUGGAUCCCAGCGUCAUUUGCAAACCUCACAGAGCUUCAACAUUUAGACUUGUCAUAUAAUGGAUUAGAAGGUACCAUUCCUCCUUUUGCAAAUGGUCUUUCAAAAUUAGUAUGUUUAUUGUUACCUUCUAACUUACUUAAUGGAACUAUACCACCUUGGGUGUUUAAUUUGCCUUCGUUAAAGUUAUUGUCUCUUGCAAACAAUAGAUUCAUUGGUCAUAUUAGCGAAUUCCAGUCUAAAUCAUUGUCCAUUAUCUAUUUCAAAAAUAAUAUGCUGCAGGGUCAUAUUCCAAGAUCAAUUUUUCAACUUGUAAACCUCACCGUGCUUGAUCUGUCGUUAAAUAACUUUAGUGACAGUGUAGAGUUAGACAUGUUUUCAGAGCUCCAAAAUCUUGAAUUUCUUGAUCUUUCGCAUAAUAGUCUGUCAUUGAGCACAAAAAAUGGUGUCAACUUUGCAUUGAACAAACUCCACUUCUUGUCCUUGUCGUCUUGUAACUUGACUGAGUUCCCCAAUUUCUUGAGAGGUUCAAAGGUUCUAACGAUCUUAGACCUUUCCAAAAACAUAAUUCGAGGCCCGAUUCCCCAAUGGAUGUGGAAAGUUGGGAAGGAAUCUUUGUUACAUUUAUACCUUGACCAUAAUUCUCUAACAGGUCCUGUGCAAUUCCCAUGGAAGAAUGCGCUAACUCUCUACCUGCAGUCCAACCGGUUUCAAGGAGUGCUUCCAAUUCCACCCGUUCAGACAUCUUUCUUUUCCAUCGCAAACAAUUACAUGACAGGAGAGAUUUCUUCUUCUAUUUGCAACAUCAGUUCCCUGAGAAUUAUUGACGCAUCACAUAACAACUUGAGCGGCAAGAUUCCUAGUUGUCUUUUCAACUUUAGCAACACUCUUUCAGUGUUGGAUCUGAGGGCAAAUGGUUUCCACGGAACAAUCCCCACAACAUUUGUCGAGCCCUGUAGCUUAGAGAAUCUCAACUUCCAUGGAAACCAAAUGGAAGGGCCAUUACCAAGAUCUUUGGCCAAUUGCAGGAACCUUCAGGUUCUAGACCUUGGCAGCAACAAGUUGAGUGAUACAUUUCCCAAUUGGUUGGAAACUCUUCCAAUGCUACAAGUUCUCGUUUUGAGUUCAAACAAAUUCCAUGGUUUUGUAAACAAUUCCGGAGCAAGACUACCUUUCCCCAAGCUACGACUUGGUACAUUGAAAAUCUAA